CACUCCGUCACGUGAAUGAUGGGAGUCAAACGUCCAUGUCCGGUUUGGGUGACUCGCGGUUGGUCUCACUCCGCCACACGGAUUCCUGUCAAGCGUCCUCGAAAUGGAGCUGAUAUUGUGCACUCGUGAGCAUGCAGAACAUCGAUGCGCAGCGUCUAUGCUCUCUUUGACUACGGCAACUUCGUAGAGGACACGAGCCAAGAUCUCGGCGACCCUUUCAUCCAGCUCCUCUCCACCACGAACGCGACCGCCGCGCGCGAAGCCUUCGUACAGGUUCGUCUCGGCGGCGUCGACACGACCGGCGACGCAUCGCAGGCGCUCCUCCCCGCCUCGCAAGAACAGCAGUCGCCCGAGUCCGAGGAAGAAAAGAAACAAGAAUACGAAGAGAAGGUCCUGAGCCGCUGGCCCGAGAUCUUCGUGGGCUGCCUCGCGUUCGUGCUGAUCGUGGUAGGCAUCAUUGUCUGGCGCUGCUGCAUUGUGCGCCGCCGCAAGAACGGCGCCGCGCAGAAGGGCCUGCUGCCGACGAACAACAAGGGCGCGCCGUCCUCGUACAGUCAGCUCGCGGGCGCGUCGACGGCGACGCUCGUGGGCAUGCAGAACAUGGAGGGCAAGCACGUGUAGGAUGCCGGAGUGGACCCAAGCUGAGGAGCAAUUGCGGACAGUUGAGAUUUGAUGUUUGUGUUAGUACGCGUUUCCACCGCGUUGCCGUGGUUGGAUUUGAAUCAAUUUGUCGAGCUGCUUUCGUUGCUUCACUCAUGGCCGGCCUGU